UGAUCAGCGACAUGGCACAUGACUCGUCCGGGCAAGCCUUGCCCUACUUUACCAUACGGUUACCCGUAUGGGUUCGAUACAACGAUACCUGAUACUCCUGCAGCAUCCUGGAGAUGCUCCCCACUUUGCGUUGCCCUUGCAACAAGCUCGUCCUUUCAGCUUCAAUUCUACCCUCUUUAAGCCUCGUCUUUCUUCGCUUUCUUCUCCCUUUCUCUCCUCGUCCCUCUCUCGCAACGCUGCACUCCUCCCCGGUCCAGUCUCCCUGCAUCAAUCCUGCCUGCAUUGCUUCCUAUUGUCCUUGGCUCUUCCCGCUCCCUCCGUGUCCCUGUUUCAUUCCUCCACCUCAUCCGACUGAAGCCAUCAUGGAUCUCUAACACUCGGCUUCAUUCCACCGAUCACGGUCCCUUGGGAUAUUCCACGCUGUUUGCCGUGUGGGCCGUACUUCCGUAUCGGGUCUUGGGUAACUUCACAAUCGGGCGAAAAGGAAGGGAAAAGAAAAAGAAAAAGAAAAAAAAGAAAAACAUAAAAAAACGUUGAAAAAAGAAACCAAAAUUUUUGUAGUCCCGAACUACUCGCAUAUGAACCAUACUGGAAUUGUUGAAAGGAUAUACUAGGUAGUGGCAGUUACGGCCGUUUGACUUCUCCAAGGGACCUUUCUCGGCUGCUCAUCUUGUCGGGCUUUACCUCCCAGUUGUUCAGGGUCAAUUGAGUUUUGGGACUGUCGUUUAAUCCUGCUGCAAUGGAACACUCCUCUCCGUUGGCUGCCAUGCAGCCACCCUCUGUCCUAUUUGGACACUGUUUUCGAUCCGAUACUCCAACCGCGUAUGCCUCGAUUGGCUCUGUAUCAGGCCUUGGGUUGAACGGUUUCAACUUCAAAGAUCUCUCUCUGAACAAGUCUCAGCAGGACUACUUUAGUUUGAAGCAAGUCCCCGCUUCCUCUCCAUCAGCUAGUCUCGCUGCAGACCUGUCUCAGAAUUUUCACAUUGACAAGAGCCCGCAACCUGCAACGCCCCGAAGGUCUUUGUUCGCUAACCGGGUUGCACUCGGAAAUGGUCGUGAACAUGCGAUGACAACACCUCCGCUUCCGUCAUCUUCUCCGGCCCCAGCUUCCGAUGCCAUGGACAUGUCUCCAUUACCGCACAAGCCUCCGUUUGUAGCCAAAACCACUACGGACAUAAAGUCACCGGAGUUGGACCAGUCCAUGGAUUCGCCUAUGUCAAUGACCUCCCCUUCGGCUGUCCCAAGCCCUUUGCAGGAUUCACCGUCUAUAGUGUCCAAAGAUGGCCCGCACGAACGGAGGCGUCCCAAUUUCCUAAGGGCAAACCUAGCGCGAAUGAAGACUCAGUCCCUCCAGUUGAGCAUUUCCAGACCUUCCAUGGAGAGCCAAGCGCCGCCAUUCAAGUUCUCUAGUGGAGGUUCUAAAACAUCUACUCCAUCCCUAGAAGAUAUGUUUGGCGACUCCCCGCCACGAGAGAGGCCCACAUUGAGGCACCACUCUUCUGGCAUUUCCAAUCCGCGACUCAGGCCGUCCUCUGGACACGGCCAUGGCCAUGGCAGUAGCCAUAAUCGCCUCAAUGGGUCCCCGGGCAUCCGCAAGAGUUCCUACCCUACGAUGCGUCCCCGCAAGCAGUGCCGGCGAUCAUUGAGCAUGUUUGAGCAUCCGGAUGAACUUUUUGAAGACGAGGCAAAGUAUUCCAACACAAAUGCACCACUUCAGUCCAUCGACGACAUCGAAACCACCCCCAGCCUACAGCUACCUCACUUUAUACCCGAGGAUCAGGCUGAUAACUUGCCUCGUAUUGAUAAAAGCAUCCUCAUAGACCUCAUGAAUGGCAAAUAUAACGACCGAUUUGAUAAUGUCAUGAUCAUCGACUGCCGCUUCGAGUACGAGUAUGAGGGUGGCCACAUUAACGGAGCUAUCAAUUACAAUGACAAAGAGCAUCUUGCCGCCGAACUCUUCUCAUCUCCUAAACAGCGAACCGCAUUGAUUUUACAUUGUGAAUAUUCCGCCCACCGGGCACCUAUUAUGGCUAGACAUAUUCGUCAUAGCGAUCGUUCAUAUAACGUUGAUCAGUACCCUGUGCUUACUUACCCUGACCUGUAUAUCCUGGAUGGGGGUUACCGUGCCUUCUUUGCUGAACAUCAGUCACUCUGCUAUCCUCAGAAUUAUGUCCAAAUGGAUUCCAAGGAGCACGAAUUCGCCUGUGAACGUGGUUUAGGCAAGGUGAAACAGAGAGCCAAAUUGGACCGGGCCCAUACCUUCGCCUUUGGUGACCAUUCCCCCCAGAUGCAGGACAGCCCUACCGGGAGGUGCCGAGGCGGCAGGCUACUGGACUCACCAUUCAAAGAACCUUCAGAUUCACCUCGGAUUCCUACACGACGGAUGCUUUCAUACUGACAAGAUGGAAAACGAGUCAUUUUAUUUCAUUUCGAAUUUUCGUUUCUACUAUUCUUUGCCUCAUUGGCUUUUUGACUUUCACGGCGCCAUCGCCUUUUAUGUCGUCAUGCUUGAAUUCGGCUUACCGCGCUUGGUCGUUCUUUUGUCCAGCGGAUUGAUAUUUUCCUUGCAUAUUAUCUGAGCGUCUCCAACUGCAUUUUUGCUGCGUUCGCCAAAGUGGAUGUUCAUCUCCCGACUGGUACCAAUCUGCGUUUUGGUAUGGUUGGGGAAGUUGUGAUAGUGCAGGGUUGUCCUGGGAUAUGACAUUGGCGUUCAGCAAACUUCAAUCCCUCCCUUGGCGCUUUCACACCUACUUCCCUUGUUCUUUCGACAUAUCCCACUCUUUGAUUAUUUCUCUGUCGCCAUGAUUGCUCGAUGCGACCACUUUCGGAUCGGUCUCCUUUUAGCUCUUUUUUUUUUUUUUUUUUUUUUUUUUUUUUUUUUUUUCGAACCCUAAGCCUUGACGACAACGAUGGCUUUGAUUUGCAUCUCUCUUCAUCCCGCUUUUGAUCCCUGGCCACGAUGGACCAAGUCUGUCAGCUACCACUGGUGGUCGCGUCCACUCCCUUGAACGUUAUUUCCUAUCUCUCUCAUCCACGAAUCUAGCUCCACGCAGUUCUCCGGUCAUGAGCCUAUCUUCAUCUCGGAUGAUCACUAUCUACACUUCUAAUGGUUCUUCCGAUAAUGACCUAUCCUUUUGCUCCUGUGGAACUUCCUUUCAUUGCCCAUUAUUUGCCAUCCGCUUUACUAAUAAUACACCUUGACAUCCAUCUACCGAAGAACUGGGGAGCCUCUCUUGUGCAUUACCAAGUCGCGUUGAUAUUGCAUUUCAUUGCAUUGUUGGAAGGCAGGGAGUUGAGAGGUUCCUCCCUUUGCAUCGGUAUUGGUUGUACAUAUGAACUGUACAUAGGACGUGCCUUGUAGCACUAUUUGCAUGCAUCUCUGGCGACGGACGGCAUUUAGUUAGUUAGGAGAUGGGAAGCCGGAGACUAAAAAUAACGAGUUUCCUUUGUUUAGGCUAUGAAUCCGGUUGAC